GGAAGACAUGGCGAACAAGGGAGGAACUGCUCUAGCUGUCUCCUUCCAUCAUAUUUUGUUUUUUUAUUCAGUAUUGACUGUCACAAUCCCCUUUUUUAAAAUCUCCUCGGCUUCAGAGGACGAUGCAUUUCGUGCCGGGCAGCAGAUGUUCUCUCAGGUGGCUGCAGCAUCACGGGAUGUGCGAUACCUGCUGUAUGAUGUGAAUCCACCUGAGGGCUUCAAUCUUCGCCGGGAUGUGUACAUUCGCAUGGCAACUUUGGUGAAGACUUUGAGAAAAGAGGUUGACUGGGUGCUAGUGUUGCCUCCGUGGGGUCGGCUGUAUCACUGGCAGAGCCCUGAUAUACAUCAGGUUCGCAUUCCUUGGGGGGAAUUCUUCAGUAUAAUCAGCCUGCAGGCUAACAUACCAGUCAUUGAGUAUGAGGAAUUCAUUGCUGAGUCUGGAGGUCCCUUCAUUGAACAGAUCCUUGUGCUGCAGAGCUAUGCAGAGGGCUGGACAGAUGGGAAAUGGGAGGAGAAGGUUGAUGAACGGCCCUGUAUUGAACGGCUCAUGUACUCAAAAGACAAACAGGGAUAUUACAGAGGCUGGUUUUGGGGCUAUGAGGAGACCCGAGCUUUAAAUGCCACCUGUUUAUCAGCCCAGGGGCAUGCCUCCAUCCUGGCCCCCAUCCUACAAAAUAAUUUCACAGCCACGUCAGUGAUGCUGGACAGAGCUGAGACUGUCCUUCAUGAUCACUAUGCUGGGAAAGACUACUGGGAUACACGGCGAAGUAUGGUGUUUGCCAAACACUUGCGUAUCAUAGGGGAUGAGUUCAGGGCCAAGUAUCUUAACUCCACCGAUAAAGAGGACCAGACACUGUACAACGAGGACUGGACCCGAAUAAAAAACAGGCUGGGCAGUGCUAAGGGAGGCCCCUACCUGGGAGUCCACUUGCGCAGAAAGGACUUCAUCUGGGGUCACAGAGAUGAUGUGCCCAGUCUUAAAGGUGCAGUUAAGAAGAUCCGUAGUCUCAUGAAGAAGCACAAACUUGAGCAAGUUUUUGUUGCCACAGAUGCUGAUGAAGAAGAGCUAGCUACACUGAAAAGGAUGCUGCCUGAGAUGGUCCGAUACGAGCCAACCUGGGAGGACCUGGAGCUCUUGAAAGAUGGAGGGGUGGCCAUCAUAGACCAGUGGAUCUGUGCACAUGCAAGGUAUUUCAUCGGAACUUCAGUUUCAACCUUCUCAUUCAGAAUACACGAGGAAAGGGAGAUCCUAGGUUUUGAUCCUAAAACCACCUAUAACCGUUUCUGUGGUGAUGGAGAGAAAGAAUGUGAGCAGCCCACACACUGGAAAAUUGUUUACUGAUAGCUACUGUACCACAGAAAACAAGGUGCAAGAUGAACAGACUGCUAUUGAUUCCUCAUAUUCAACAGGAUUUAUAUAUUUUUUGAAAAAUGUUUUUCCUGAAAGUGUUGAAAAUGUAUUGUUUUUAAAAGCAGAGUUGAUCGUUUUUGUUCAGAGCAUACUGAGAGUGGAAACAUAAGAUAAGGAAAACAAGUUGAGCCAUAUGAGAAAUAUCACAUGGAUUUCAUCGCAUAUCUUGUGCCAUACUCUUCAUAUCUGUGAAUGCUGCUCUUCUGUUCUCACGAUGGUUUUGGUUGUUGAUACUGUUGUUGAUCUGUUGAUCUGUCUACAGUAUACCACUGUGAUGAAAGCUGUGGUAUACUGUAGACAGGUUUUUUGUCUCUGCACAAUUUAUACCUUUUUUAAUAUGGACAAAUGACAUAUAUGACCAUACAGUAUUAGUUUUUAUUAUAUUUUUGUCAGUGUUGUGCCUCUGUGUGCUAUUUGGCCUAAAAAAUGGUGCUUUAGUUGUUUUGCCAUACAGAUUUGUAUUUUAUCUCAUUUAUUUUAAUACCAUUUGCACCAUGCUUUUUAUUUUCGUAAGAUGAAGUACCAAAUAAAAGAAGAACUUUAAAUGCCAAGAGGUGUAACAUAAAAAGUUUAAUCACAGUAACGCCAACAUCAACUUUUAGUGUACCAGUGUAUUUUUUAAACUGUAUAUUUUCUACAUCUUACCAUUUAAAGAUGUACUCAUUUGUACAUUUUUGUGCAUUGAAGUGGUUAUUUUAAUGCUUACAUGUGAUGUGAAAGUUGAUCUUUUUUUAUAUUUGAUUGAUUGUCAAUCUUAUUUUUCCUCUUUGUUUUCCCUUGAUUUUUGUCAAAAAAUAAAUAAAUAAAUAAAUAAAUUUUCUU